AUGGAUUCGUACCCUGAUUUUCUUAGAUAAUCAUUGCUUGAGUUAAACUAUAAACAUCCAAGCAACAUUCAGAAAAUAAUUUAUGAGACUUUUAUAAAACCUAAAGGAGAUGCAAUGAUCAAUAGAUAAAAUCUAAUAGCGUAAUCAUUGAAUGGUAGCGGCAAAACUUUAGCAUAUCUCUCCUUAAUGAUUAGAAAUAUGAUGGCGAGUAAAGUGAAACCAUAAUAAACUGAGUAAUAGCCACAGAUCUAGCAAAUUAAUUAAGAAAUUUAGUAUCAAGAUUGCCACGUAAUAUAAGGAUUGAUCAUUACUCCAACCCGAGAGAUAGCAAUGCAAGUCUAAGAAUACCUUGACUUUCUGACGAAAUCAACUGAUGAAACAUUAAAAUCUAGAUUGACUACCUUUUUAGUUAUAGGAGGACUUGACAUUAAAGAAUAGAGAAGGAAGAUAUUGGUUAAUAAGCCUAAUAUCAUUAUUGGCACACCCGGUAGAAUAAAAGAGAUGAUCAUUGAUAGAGAAUGGCUAAGCUUAACUGCUCUAGACACCUUGAUCAUUGAUGAGGCAGAUAAAUUUUGUGUUCAAAAUACUAAUUAUUAUUAAAGUGAUAAAAAUAAGCAAGGCAAAAAAAACAAUAACAUGAAUUAAGGGAAAUUUUUUGAAGAUCUAGCUUCUAUUAUAAAUCUAAUUGAUGAGCAAUAAGUUCAGAUAUGUGCUUUUUCAGCAACAUUUAACAGCAACACUAUGACUUAACUUAAAAAUCUUAUUAAAAAAGCAAUAGUAAUAAAGGCAUAGUCCAAUGAUAGUCCCAAAAAUGUAAAAGGUCUUGUAGAUAAAGAAGAGUAGAUCUUGAAGAAUAUCUAAAAAAUAUAUAUUUCUCUAAAGAGUAAUGAUUUCAACAGUAAACUUAUUCAACUUGGAGAAUUAUUAACACAGUUAAUGAACUAGAGCUCAGACUAGUAAAUUGUUCUAGAUUCAGCUAAUUAGGAGUCUGAGAAAUAAGUCUCAUCUUAGAUCAUAAUAUUCUUUAACUUUAAGCAUCAAGGAGAGUAGUUAGCCAAGUUUAUAAGAUCCAAGCUAAAUCUUACUACUGUCUUCUUUCACGGUGAUUAGAGCUAGGAGGAUAGACUAAAAGCAUUUGAGAAGAUGAGAUUAAUGGAAAUUAAAGUAAUACUGUCGACUGAUUUGCUGUCAAGAGGGAUCGAUUUGCCAGAUGUAAAGACUGUUAUCAAUUUUGACAUGCCUUUAAAUGAAGCUGAGUUUAGACAUAGAAUAGGAAGGAGCGGUAGAUUUGGUAGAGCAGGCAUGUGCGUAUCAAUAAUAAGUGAAACUGAACAAAAGAAGAUCUAGUAUAUAUCAUAAAUGAUUCAGAGUUAGGUUAUGAUAUAAGUAAACACAUUGAACUUAUUAGCAAGUCUAAAAUCAUAAACAACAUCUGAAGAUUAAAAUGAAUAGUUAAUGGCAAAAUAGAGACAAGAAAAGGAGGUCAAGCUGAUAAAAAAUCAAAAGCAUAUUGAGAAGAAUUUUAGUCAAAAGUAACAGGAUUAUAAAAAGCAAAAGAUCCUUAGCAAGGAGGGGAAAAUGUCGGAGUGGCAAGAUACAACCUAUACUUUCUACGAUGAAAAUCAGUUUAUGUAUGUUGAGGAAAACGAAGAGGAUGAGGAAUUUAAAAUGGAUUAAGAUCAGGAGAUGAUUGAUGAAUCUUAUGAAGACUAAAAUCAUAUUAAAACCUUAGCAUAAUUACUUGAACUAGAUUCCUAGGACCUGGAUGCUAAUGAAAGUAAAACAAGUUAGAGUAAUAGAGAUGAUAAAAUUUAAAGUACUUAAUAACUAUAAACUGACAAAAAAAGCUUUUGUAUAAGUGAUUUGAUACUUUUUGAAAGUGAUUAAUUCAAGGAAUUCAAAUAAAAGAUCAAUGAUAAGAUAAAGUAAGAUUCCACUUUCAGAUAGUUAGUUGAUGAAUUGAUGUUUGCCAAUUACUGCCAGUAUAGAGAUUAUUAUCAAGCCCUAAUUAAAAAUUAAUGA